AUGUGUGAAGCGAUCAAAUCUCGACCUGCCCUUAAAAACGAUAGAAAAAAGCGAAAAUCAGACAUGAAGGAUCAAAACUUCAUCCAAGAGUCAAGUUUAGAUCAAUUCGUAACACAGAACACCAUUCAGUUCUUCAAAAUUUUAAAUAUUGAAUCUAAUUUCUUGGAUAUCGAUCCGAUAAUGUGGGGAGAAAGCGAAGAAUAUGUUAAAGCUUCAAAAAUUGUGAAAUCACUUCUCGUGACGAAUGAUCUAGCCGAAAGAAGUGUGGCUCUGAUCACUGAAUAUAAUGGUUUGCUCACGAAGAAUGAAGAAAGUUCUAAUGAUUCUAAUGAGGCCGAUCGAUGUGCCCCCUCUUCAGAGAAGUCAGUACGUCCUUACGUACUAAGUGGAGAACGUUUGAAGAAAAUUCGUUCCGACAAAAUGUACUGUAUGUAAAUGUAUUUUGAUAAAUGUGGGAAUAAUGACAGAGGUGAUUAUCAGACUGAUUUGCACUCUUCGAUGCCGCAGAUACAUAAAAACUUUAAUUUCCAAUUGCCGUUCUACGGAUUUCGGUACAAUUACACUCGGUUGUCCAUAAAUGGAUACUUGGAGUUCAAUGAUCCUCCAAAGCAUUACACACAUCCACUUGUCUUCCCGGUGAAAGACUGGCCGAAGGAGAACGAUCCUGCGUUUAUUGGCAUCUUCUUCAGCAAAUGUCGGAUCGGAUCACUUCGACUCACCGAUACGGAUGAACGACAGCCAGGAGUUUAUUUCAGAAAAGAAGAAAAUCUGCGAGAAAGAAAUGACCAGUUUGGAGUCGAGUUGAGGGAGCGAGUGAAGGACAUCAGGGAGGGAAGAAUUGGGGCUGACUCCUUUGAUCCGAAUCACGUUGUCAUCGCAACGUGGAAGAAUGUCUCCUUUGCCGGUGGGGUUAAAAAUUCUCUGCACAAAACGAAUACUUUUCAGAUGGUUCUAGCUACUGAUGAGUCUUCCACUUUCGUGAUAUUCAAUUAUGAUAAUAUACAGUGGACCACCCACACUGAGGCAGGAGGUGAUACCCUCACUGGAGAGGGUGGAGUACCAGCUUUUGUUGGAUUUAAUGCUGGAGAUGGCACACAUAGCUACGAAUAUAAGCCCUACUCACAAUCGCAUUUAAUUCGCGAUCUACUGAGGGACGGAGGAGCCAACGGAUUUCCAGGCAGACAUAUCUUUCGAAUUAAUGGGGAAACAAUUCAAAGGAAUGAAUGCGAAGAUUUAUUGAGGCGGCGAUUCUUCUCGACUGUUCAAUAGAUACAUAUAAGAUGUCUAUCAAUAGAUCGAUCCACGCACGAAAAAAUGUCAUCUAAAUUUAGCGUAUUCACUGAACAAUUGUACUAGUUCCUUGCCUUACCGAAAAAGCAGUGAAAGUUACUUCAAAAAUGUGUGCCAAGGAAAAAUGCGCGAAGAAGCUGCGGGAUUUUUCA